UUGCUUUUGAUAUGCAAAUUAAAGAUCUAAUUCUAAUGUGAUAAUUUAGUAUAAUUGUUCUAUGCUUUCGGCAAAAUGGCUGCAAACAUCGCAAGCGCCAAGAAGUGGUUUGUUUAGUUCCAUUGGCCAAAACAUGGUUAGCGGAAUAGCCGAUAAUUGUUUGAUAACGAUGGAUUAUCACUAACUUUAAUCACGGUUCUAGUUGUAGCCAAGGCUAUAGGCACAGAACAAUAUAGAUUGCAUAUUUUCUAGCAACUGAUUACUAACAUUAUAAUACAUUGAAUUCUGCUAUUUCUGCUCAAGUAAAGUAAUGAGGUAACUAGAAAAUUGUGAUAAAUGAUCAGCAAUGCAUAGAUGUUGAAGAAGUACUGUUGAUUUAGAUUGCAAAUUUCGUUAUGUAUUCAAUGCGUAUAUUCCGACAAAUAUCUUCAGUACAGCUGUCAAUUAAACAAUGUUCAAUACAGUUACCUAAAUUCAAAUCUACUGAUUCCAAAGAGGAUCUAAAGGAAAAAAUUAAAAUGAAAACACCAAUUGGAAAGUUAGAUGAACUCAAAGCUGGUAAGCAUCCAUUUCAAGAAAAGGAGCCUUUGAAAGAAUGGCCUGAAGGUCGUAAUCCAGCAACAGGAGAGCUAAAUGGUCCAAAAGGACCUGAACCAACCAGAUAUGGCGAUUGGGAAAGAAAAGGAAGAGUGACAGAUUUUUAAAUAAAAAAUAUACAUAUAUAUAUAUAAAUCAUUUGUUUAUAAUUAAAUAUCUAUAGUAGGUAAAUUGUAAAUUAUAUUAUAUUUUAAGAUAAUAGUAAAAAAAACUAGCGUUUUGCUUCUUGAUGAAUAAUUUAUGUUAAUGAAAAAAAAACCUUCUAAUACUAAGUGAGUUUGACAAAACCACAAAACA